CCCAAUAUGGCAUCUUGCAUGAGGAGCUUGUUCUCUGACCACAGCAGAUAUGUUGAAUCUUUUCGGAGGUUUCUCAGUAAGUCCACGGAACACCAGUGCAUGCAGGAAUUCAUGGACAAGAAGCUGCCAGGCGUAAUAGCAAGGUUUGGAGACACAAAAUCAGAAAUUAAGAUUCUGAGCAUAGGAGGAGGUGCAGGUGAAAUUGAUCUUCAGAUUCUUUCCAAAGUCCAGGAUCAGUGCCCAGGGGUCCAUAUCAACAAUGAAAUUGUUGAGCCAAGUGCUGAACAAAUUGUCAAGUACAAAGAGCUCGUAGCCAAGACUUCAAACAUGGAGAACAUAAAAUUUACUUGGCAUAAGGAGACAUCAUCUGAAUAUCAAAAAAGAAUGAUGGAGGAAAAAGAGCCUCAAAAGUGGGACUUUAUUCACAUGAUUCAGAUGCUGUAUUAUGUAGAUGAUAUCCCAGCUACCCUGAAAUUCUUCCAUGGUCUCUUAGCUGCCAAUGCUAAUAUUCUCAUUAUUCUUGUGUCAGGGACUAGCGGCUGGUCCAAGCUAUGGAAAAAGUAUGGAUCCCGCCUACCCAAGGAUGACCUCUGCCAGUAUGUCACAUCGUCUGAUGUCACUCAGAUGCUGGACAGCCUGGGGAUUAAGUAUGAGUGUCAUGACCUUCUGUCUACUAUGGACAUUACUGACUGUUUUAUUGAUGGUGAUGAAAAUGGAGACCUGCUUUGGGAUUUUUUGACAGAAACCUGUAACUUCAGCACAACAGCACCACCAGAUCUUAAAGCAGAAAUUAUGAAAGAUCUGCAAGAGCCUGGAUUUAGUGUUAAGAAAGAGGGGAGAGUUCUUUUUAACAAUAAUCUGAGUUUCAUUGUGAUUGAGGCAAAACUGUAAAGCAUGAGAAUAUUCACAACAUAUUUUGAACAAUUGCUGGUUUCUCUCUCUCUCUCUAUAUAUAUAUAUAAAACAAUACUUAUAUGCUAAAGUUAAAAUACAUUCAUAAUGAGGAUACAGUAUUAUAUCUUAUAAAUUAAAUCUAGAAAUUCCAAGACAUUCUUGGAGUUCCAUGCAGAAUCUUCCAGUUGUAUUCUGUCCCUAAAAGACUAAACACUGCCCCACUGGUUCUUUCCAUUUUCUUAUUGUGCUGAAAAUUUUCAAAAUAGUAAUAAAAUAUAGGCUAUAGAUUCUUUAAGUACUAAUAGAGUAAUAUUUGUUGAUGCUUUUCUCAUUAAGAAAAUAAGUAUUUAUUCUCCUAUAAAGAGCUGUUUGUAUAUCUGCCAUGUUGUUGCAAUCAUACUUUUUAUUAAUAUUAUUACAAAAUUGGGGAUUGGAGAGGUAGUUCUUUCAGAGGAUCCAGGUUCAGUUCCCAGCUCACAAUCACUUAUAACUCCAGUUCCAGGGGAUCUAACACCUUCUUGCCUCUGAGGUCAUCUGCAUUCAUGUGCAGAUACCCACACUCGGAUACACAUCCAUACACAUAAUUAAAAAUAAAUAUCUUAAAAAAAUUAUUACAGAAUUGAGUCUUUGGGGCUGGAGAGAUGGCUCAACAAAGAGUACUGGCUGCUCUUGCAGAGGACCUGAGUUCGGUUUUCAGCACUCACAUGGCAGUUACCAACUGUCUGUAACUCUAGUCCCAGGGGAUUCCACGCCCUCUUCAGGCCCCUGUGGCCAUUGCAUGCUGCACAUGGUGCACUUAAAUACAUGUAAGCAAAACACUCAUACACAUAAAAAUAAAUAAGAUAUUAAAAAAGAA